GCGCGGGCCGAUGUCGCUGGGCGGCGCGGGCCUCCCGCCGCGGCCGUCGAUGGACUGGCCGCUGAGCAAGGAGGAGAUGCAGAAGUGCGCCCUGCGCUGCUACGAGCAGGAGGUGCGCGCCGCCGACGAGGAGAUGCGCAGCAAGGACGCCGCCCUGCGCCGGGCCAGAGGCCAGCUGAAGGAGCUCCGGCGCGCGAGCAUGGGCUGCAG